GCGCUCCCUGUAUCGUUUCCUGUUUCACACCGGAAGUAACAGAUUUGCCAGGAGCCAAGAUGGUGGCCACCAGGAGAGGAGUACGCGUGUACUCCCCAACUAAAACAAACCCUGACAUGUCUUCAGAUGUCCAGGCCACUCCCUCCACUGGUCGAAGAACAAGGAGGACUGCUAUACAAGCAGGGAGCCCUACCCAUCAUGGCCUGGUCCAAACCAGCAGCCAGCUUGAAAAAUGUGAAGGAGAAUCCCAUGAAUCACCAUCUACACCUGUAUUAAAAAGAUGCACCAGAGCCUUCAGACUCCACAGUCCAGAUCAACAGUGUACACCUGUGGGUUCCAUCCAUGAAGCAGACCAUUCCGACGUGGACUCCUGCUGCUCUGUAUUGUCCGACAUUAAAACAACAAAAAAACGCACAACUGGGAGGAAGAGAGCACAGAGCAAAGUGAGUCAGGAAGAGGAGCAGGUAUCUGAAGCGGAUUCAUGUUCCUCAGCAGCAUCUGUGUUGAAAGCUGGACACAGUGUCCGCAGGAGUACACGGAAGAAGACAAUUCCUACGCGGGCUGACCCAGAUCAGGUUGAGGAGGGAGAUGUCCAGGGUGACUUGGUAACACAGUCGGAGUCCUGCAGCUCUGUGGUGUCUGAAUCCAAGAGAGUUACCAGGAGUUAUAGAAAGACCAGAUCCUCUGCCAAGCAGCAGCCUGGGGACUCUGAGCUCUCAGAUAUGGAGAGCUGCAUGUCAGGCAUCUCAGAAGUAUCCAAGUCCACCACCCGAAGAUCUACAAGAUCCAGAAGGCAAACAGGCUCCAUCCCAAUCAAUCUAGAUGAAGCCACAGAAAGCUCUCCCGCCCCUACACCAAGACCUCGAAGGGCUCGAUCAGCCAGAGAGAAGGCGGCAGCAACUGUACAUGUCGAUGAGCCCCCAAAUUGCGACUCUGAAGGAUUUGAAUCAGGGCCUAAUUACAGUAAGUCAACUUGUCGAUGGGGGAAGCAAGGCCCAAUGAUUACUGACUCUGACUCUGAGCUGACAGAUGUGCAGUCCCCUCUUGGCAGUCCCUGCUCCACACGCAGCAGAGGAACCCCCUGCAGCAGCCGCACAGGAUCAGGGAGCAGCAGUCGGGGUGUCCGGGCCUCCAGGCAUUCCAUCAAGGACCUCAGCAUUGUUUUGGAAAAAGCUGCCGAGCCCACUGAGGAGGAAGGAAGUUCAUUUAAUGAUUCUAGGUUAGAAAGUACAGUGCUGGCCGAGGAUAAAGACUGCACACUGCUGGAGGAUGAUGAAAGCCAAAAUGUAGAAGAGAAAGAAGACGAGAAUCAGAGGAAGGAGUCUGAUCUUACAUCAGUGGAGGAAGAUGUAGUUAGAGAGGAGAAAGACGUAAAUGUUCUUCCUGAAGGAGAGCCCUUGGUAGCAGAAGUAGCAGAGGAAGAUGUUUGUAAACCUGCAGUGACUGUCGAAUUCCAGCAGGAGGAGCCAUGUGCUGAAAGAAAGCUCAGGGACACCUCAGAGAUGGAAAUGAUACAGGAAACAGAACCACCAUCAUCAGAGCUGCUAGAGCCCUCAGUUACAGCAACAUUAUGUGGGAGCACCCCUGAAAUCAUAGAAGAGGCUGAAGACAAAGAAGAAGCGAUGGAAGCAGCUGAUGUGGAUGCCAACUUGUCACAGACAGAUAAGGCUGUAGACGAGGCUGUUGUUGUGGAAACUAGGCCCAGUGAGGAGAAGGGGGAGAGGGAGGAGGAGGGGGAGAGGGAGGAGAAAAUGGAAGUCAGCACUGUGGCUAUAGAGGAUCAACAGGUGGUUGACUCCAGAGAAGUUGAGUCCAUUCAGGUGUCCUCCAACGAGAAGCAAAAGAUCCAAGUGGACUCCACUCCUGAACCACCCAAAGACGUUAUUGUCCAGAAAACAAAAGUAAUCAGUCUGUUAGAGAGCAGCGAGGAUGAAGAUGAGGAUGCUGAAGAGGAGGAGAGGGACGUUUCUGAAAAAGAGGAAGAGGAGGAUUUGGAGUGUAGGGCAGAAGAGAGAGGAGGACCAUCUAAAGCAGCAAGUACUUCAGUUGGGGGACUGUUUAUGAUCGACACGCGGCCUGGAGAGGAGGCUGAUGAACACUACUACAAAGACAGGCUGACAGAGGAGGAGAAGGCCACAAAGGGAGAGGGAGUCGAGCAAGAGGAGGUGGAGGAGGAGGAAGAUUUUGUGGAUGAGGAGGGGGAGGAUGAUGAUGAUGAAGAUGCAAUGAUCCUCUUCUCCAGUAGAAACCCAAACUUGAAAGAGAUGUCCAGCCGUAUUGACCCCGGCAUCAGAGUGAAGGAGCUCGGGGGUUUAUACAUCAAUUUUGAUGGCAGCAAAUCAAAACCUGUCUCCGGUUCGCUGCAAAAACUAAAGGAAAAGAAGAUCCAAGACGAGGUGAUGAAGAAGAGUGUGAUGGGACCAGACUUUGAAAAGAAGGAUGCAGUGCCUCCAUCCAGUGAAUCAAAACAAGCUCUAAAGUUAAAACGCAGGGUGGAGAAGGAGAAAACAACAGGAGACGGUUGGUUUAACAUGAAAGCCCCAGAGAUCACUCAGGAGCUGAAAGGAGACCUUAAAGUCCUGAAGAUGAGAGGCUCCACAGAUCCAAAGAGGUUCUACAAGAAGAACGACCGCGAUGGCUUUCCCAAAUAUUUCCAGGUUGGCACAGUGGUGGACAACCCGGUAGACUUCUAUCAUUCCCGCAUUCCUAAGAAGGACAGGAAGAGGACGAUGGUUGAGGAGCUGAUGGCUGAUGCUGAGUUCAGGCACAACAACAAAAAGAAGUACCAGAACAUCGUGGCAGAGAAAGCAGCUCGGGGAGCCGGCAGGAGACACAAGAAGAAUAAAUUCCAUAAGAAGUAAAUGUGGAGACUUAAUGCAAUGAACACUGACUCUGAGUGGCUUUGUAUAAAUACUGAUAUUUUCAACUUCUAAUUACAAUCAGGUGGUUGAUUAUUGAGAAUUUGAUACAAAUUUAAUUUACAUGAAAAUUUGUUGAGCCUUGCCCAUUAAGAUCAUCCCAAAGGCUUGUGUGUCUAUAUAUAAAGAAGACUGUCAUUGUUUUAUACAGUUACCACAGAAAACUGUAAAGAUGAACCAUUACUACCAAACAGACGUUCAUUUUUAAACAUAUUAAUCUAUUUUAUUUCAAACAUCUUGCUGUACAGAAAUCAUAGUACCUUUCCAAAUUCAGUCAUCAUUUGAACAUUAAAAUACUUUGUUUUGA